AUGGCCAGUAAGCAAGGGUACAGUUGUCUCUCAGAUGGCUCUCUGGAUAUUCCAAUAUCUAGCCCUGAAGGCACCCCGAGUCUCAGUCCUCAUAGUCCAGGACUAUGUCUUAUAUCUCCUCCAAUUGCAGAAUCUCACUGGCUGAGCAAUGCUCAACCACAGCCUGAGACUCCAUCAGAAAUGAACAUCACUUUAGAAAAGUUGCUUGCUCCAAUAACUGAAAAAUUGAAAUAUUUGCUGAAGAAAGCAGAGGACUUCCAGACUUACCUUCUGUACAGCAGAGACAGAAUGCAGAAGGAACAGUUUGCCAAAGCCAUGCCCACCUUUUUGCAGAUGUGCCAGCCAUAUUUCCACUAUUUGGAAUCAACAGCACGCAGCUGCACACCUUAUUUAAGACCUCCACAGGAGCCAGUCCGGAAAAGACUUCUGGAAAUUUCUCAGCAAUUGGCUUGCCAGCUUGAGCAACUGGUUCUGAUGUACGCUUCCUUCAGCUUUGUUUCUCUUGAAGAUACAGACCCAUUCAGCGUAUCAUGUUUCUUCUGUGGGAAAUUUUGGAUGAAUGAGACUUGGCAAGUUUCCAUCUUUCGCUACUGCAUCUCAGCACCAUACACAGCUGCUCAUAUUCCCCACAAUCUUUAUAAGAAGAUGCGCUGGAACCUGGACAUCUUGGAGGGGUCUGCUGCUCGGAAUCAAACCCUCCGGACAGAAUACUACUUCCUAUGCUUCCGUGAUACAGGAGAUGAAACAACUGUGAAAAUGCAGAAGCUUUGGUCCAUAGGACGGUGGGUGCCUAUAGAUCCUGACAGUGAGCACAGUUCUGAUGUACUAUCCUGGGUGUUGUGUCACCAGCCCACAGGCGAUUAUCAGCAGCUCCUAACAAUUGGAUUUGAAGAACCUUCUCACACCUUAGCUACAGACCUCUUAGUGCAGAUGCUACACGCUCAGAGUUCUGGUCUUCUUAAUCGGGAGUCAUCCUGCUGGGUGGGCCCAGGAGAACAGGUGCAGUAAAAUGUACAUCCCCUUCAUGUGCACCAUAAUGUGUAUUUCAUGUAUACACAUUAUCAGCAUCACCAAUAGCACAUUAUCAAGAGCAUUAUUCCAGAUGCCAGUGUUUUGACACCACAGUCAAAAGAGCAUAUGUGUUUUGUAUUACAAGUAUGAAAUUUUUUAGAGUUUGGCAACUUUGUUUUGACGUAGAAAAAAAGCAUUAUUUUUUAUUUCACAUCCCAUUUUAAUUUCCUUAGAUAUAUUUCUGAAACUAUCUAGGAAAGAUAUGAGAGAAUUUGUUUUAAGUUAUAACAGUUUCUUGAAUAUUACAACUCAGUUCAAUUCCAGUGUAUUUUGAGGCUAUUCGUUCAUAUUAUUUAAGGCUGUAGAUGUUAAGAACUGAUACAUAAUAUAUCUGGGAGAUCAGGCUGUGGAAAGGUAUACUUCAGCUUC